AGGCGCAGGCGCUUUUUAACGUCAGGGCGAGGCAAAACUAACACGAGGAGACCGUCAAGAAAAAGUUGCUCCUCGUAGCGUGGUCAUGAUCCAUUAAAAAACCCCAAAACAACAGAAUCCUUUAAAAAAAUGGACAUCUUACAUUUGAUAGCUCUGCAUCCAUAAACCCUAUCCCCCCCUGUCCAUCUCCCUCUGUCAACCUCAUUCGCUUCAAAUGGAGGACGAAAGGUCUCUCUCGCUUCUCAAGUUAAUGGUUAAUGAAGGAUUAUUCCCAUCUCCAGAAGAAGACGAGAAGAGGAAGAUUAUUGUCGAGAAGCUCAAAACAAUUGUGGUAGCGUGGGCUAAGAAGGUGGCCUGGCAGCGGUGUUCAACAAAACAACAAAUUGCAGCUACAUCUGCUACUAUAUUGACUUAUGGAUCCUAUGGACUUGGAGUUCAUGAUCCAGAGUCUGAUAUUGAUGCUUUAUGUGUUGGUCCUUUCUUCGCCACUAUAGCUGAGGACUUUUUUAUUGUUUUGCACAACAUACUUAAGAGCAGGCCUGAAAUAUCAGAAAUCCAUUGUGUGAAGGAUUCAAAGGUUCCUUUGAUGCGGUUUACAUUUGAUGGGAUUUCAGUUGAUCUUCCAUAUGCUCAGCUUAAAGUCUUAAAUGUUCCUGAAAAUGUGGACAUACUCAAUCUAUCCCUUUUGACUAAUAUUGACGAGACCAGUUGGAAGAGUUUGUCUGGAGUACGUGCUAAUCAACGGAUACUGCUGCUUGUUCCAAACCUGAAGAAUUUCCAAUCCGUGCUGCGAUGUCUUAAACUGUGGGCAAAACGGCGAGGAGUGUAUGGUAAUCUAAAUGGGUUUCUGGGAGGAGUGCAUCUAGCAGUUCUAGCAGCCUUUGUUUGUCAAAAUCAGCCGAACGCCAGUGUAAUUGCUUUAAUUUCGAACUUCUUUAGCACAUAUGCGAUGUGGCCUUGGCCUACACCUGUUAUGCUGCAAGACGGAAUGCCAUCAAAUGUUGAAGAUGUGAUUGAGACUCGAUUCUACAUGCCUAUUCGUAUGCCAUGUAGUCCAUAUGAGUAUUGCCAUUCCAAUGUCACUAGAAGCACAUUCACCAAGAUCAGAGCAGAGUUUCUCAGAGGGCAUUCUAUGAAUAGGGAUCUUCUAAAGUUAAAGCUGGACUUUGAUGCGGGGAGAAUUUUUGAGCCUUUCCCAUACUCAACGAACUAUACACGAUUUGUCAAAAUCUACCUUUCAGCUCCUGAUCAAGAUGAGCUAGGAGACUGGGUGGGCUGGGUGAAGUCACACUUCCGCUGUCUACUUCUUAAGCUGGAAGCCGUGCAGGGCUUUUGUGAUCCCAACCCCAUGGAAUAUGUUGAUAUGGAUGUAUCUGAACCAAAUGUUGUUUUCUACUGGGGCCUAAAUCGCAGCAGAAGCAAUUUCGUGUAUAUAGAACCUGUUCAGGAGGAUUUCUCGAGGAGUAUAUAUUGUGGGUAUUAUGGCAUUCGCGGAGAGAUGGAAUUAUCUAUCGUGCAAGCAUCUGAACUACCAAAGAAUGCUCGGUUUGACAGUGGAAACGGCAAGAAAAUGAAAGCAUGCUGGAAGAUGCUUGACUAUAAUCAAAGGAGGACCCCAGCAUAUUCGCAACAUCUGCCAAGCUACUUUGUUGGGUAUGUGGAAAGCAAUGGAGACACCGAGUACCCUAGAAGUUAACUGUAUGCUCUCUGACUCUCUGUUCUGGUACUGAUCUUGUUUUGCAUCCUUCCUUGAGAAAUUUGUGUGCGAUUAGAAUUUAGGGUUAAGUGCUUAUGGAUUGAACAACUUAGUCUGUGAUAGCAUAUUAGCUUUAAAACAACAUAAAUAGGAUGGAUUCUAAUGAUAUAAAAAAGAAAGGGAGUUUGUAAUAGA